UUCUUGCGUUUGGAGCUUAAGUGGCCCUGUUUAGAAAAGUCUCGCCUUCCAGCAGCUGGACCAUCUUUAAACCAAGAAGCGAUCAUCAAAGUGAAAGCAGCGAACCGGACUGGAAAGCAGGGCACACACAUCCAAAUAUGCGCGUUGGAGUGCGCUGGCGAGGCGUCCCUUUUCUUCAUUCCAGGGUAGCGUUGUCGUGAUGUUCAACACGUCCGGCAUUGCGCUCCCUUUGAACAAGAAGGAGGAUAUUUCCGAAGUUAUCAAUGGCACUUUGCAGCUUCUUUACAACGCUCCUGUCACCAUCGCUCCUACAACCAUGUGGAACGAGUCGUGCGGGGAGCAGCUACAGGAUUUUGGACGCCCGGAGAAGAUCAUAAUCGGGGUGAUGCUGGCCAUCAUCACGGCAGUCACCGUCAUGGGAAAUACGCUGGUCGUGAUCGCUGUGUGCGUGGUGAAGAAAUUAAGGCAGCCUUCAAACUACCUUUUGGUGUCUUUAGCUGUGGCUGACCUGUCUGUGGCCAUAGCGGUGAUGCCGUUUGUGAUCGUGACGGACCUCACCGGCGGCAAGUGGCUUUUUGGAGAAGUCUUUUGCAACAUAUUCAUCGGCAUGGAUGUAAUGUGCUGCACUGCCUCCAUAAUGACCCUGUGUGUCAUCAGCGUGGACAGGUAUCUCGGGAUCACACGGCCUCUUACCUACCCGGCCCGACAGAAUGGUCAGCUGAUGGCAAAGAUGAUCUUGGGCGUGUGGCUGGUGUCUGCCUCCAUCACUUUGCCCCCAUUCUGCGGCUGGGCCAAAAAUGUCCACACAGCCGGCGUGUGCCUCAUCAGCCAAGACUUUGGCUACACCAUCUAUUCCACAGCCGUAGCCUUCUACAUCCCUAUGCUGGUCAUGCUGGUCAUGUACUACAAAAUCUUCCGGGCGGCCCGCAAGAGUGGGGCCAAGCACCGCUUCACUGACCUUUCCCGCCGUGAGCGCCUCGAAACAGUGGCUAAUGAGGCGCUACGAAUGCAGGGCCUAAAGCCUCCUGGUGUGGCGGAGGAGUGCGCCGCAUUGUCCCGACUGCUGAACCGUGAACGCAGAAACAUCUCCAUUUUCAAACGAGAGCAGAAAGCAGCCACGACAUUGGGGGUUAUCGUGGGGGUCUUUGCUGUGUGCUGGCUGCCGUUUUUCAUCCUGUCCACCGCCAGGCCCUUUAUCUGUGGGGUCGAGUGCAGCUGCGUGCCCAUCUGGCUGGAGCGCACGCUGCUGUGGUUAGGUUACGCCAACUCCCUAAUGAACCCCUUCAUCUAUGCCUUCUUCAACCGAGACCUGCGCUCCACUUAUCGCGACCUUCUUCGUUGUCGAUAUCGCAACAUCAACCGCCGUCUGUCAGCGGUGGGUGUGCACGAAGCCCUCAGGGUUUAAGGAAGGUUUUGCCAGCAUAUACUGACUCACAGAGUGCAACAUGGUGGCCUCGCACUUGUUCUCGUGUACCUCGUGGAUUGUGGUGUGAACGCAGCGGGCAUGUAGAUAAGAAACAUUCUGACAGAAUGGGGGUCACUGUUGGAAGCUCUCUGAUCACUUUAGUGUGUGUGUGUGUGUGUGUGUGAGAGAGAGAGGGACUCAGUUGUUAGCUAUUUUUAGAAACAAAAUGGUAGAGAACUGAAAUAUCCAAGUUGACACUGCUUUUGUGCAUUUGUUGUUGGGUUAUCACACCAUAUAUCAUGGACACAUCCAGAUAAAGACAAUGGAAGCCAGACAAUUUGUGUAUACUACAAAAAAAGAGCGAUUGCCCUCGAGGACAAUGCAUUUUAGCAUCUUAUGCUAACCAUAUCAGGGGAGGCAGGGGAGGUGACACCAUCGUUAAAAAUUUAUUUAUUUUUAAAUGUAUGUAUUGAUUCUGUAUAUGAAUGUGAUUCUGUAUGAGCUGUCCAAUCACUUUUUUUUUUUUUUUACAUUUUCUUAAGUAAAAAGCGCUCAAUUUGAACAUUUUCUGAUACACGGAGUAGGCUAUGUUAGCUUAGCCUACCCUUUUAUUAUACACCAUGCAUUCUUGUGUUUUGACUGUAUUGUACGUCACUAUUUUUGUGAAACAGACUGGUGAGGUGCACUGCCUCGCCGUGGAAGGAGUAUACGUGAGCUGGUGCUUGUCGCUGCCAUCUUUUUACAAGGGAGGCCGAUCAGCUAAGAGAAAAUAAGGAGCACUUUUACAUCAUAGUAGUACAGCUAAAUACACAUUUCCAGCAGGUCUCCAAAAGUCAUAAUAAAGUAAACAAACAAGGCGAGACAGCCGGAAUAAGAAGAGAAGAUAAUAAAAUCCAAAUAAAUACAUUAAAUAAAUAACAUGGUUUUCAUUAAAAAAAAAAAUAAAUGGGAUUAAGAAGAAUUUGAGUCAGAAUUUUAACAUUUUCCGAUAUACGGAGUAGGCUAUGUUAGCUUAGCCUACCCUUUUAUUAUACACCAUGCAUUCUUGUGUUUUGACUGUAUUGUACGUCUUACAACACUAUUUUUGUGAAACAGACAGGUGGACUGUGAGGUGCACUGCCUAACCAUGGAAGGAGUAUACAUGACCUGGUGCUUGUCGCUGCCACCUUUUUACAAGGGCGGCCGAUCAGCGAAGAGAAAAUAAGGAGCACUUUUACAUCAUAGUAGUACAGCUAAAUACACAUUUCCAGCAGGUCUCCAAAAGUCAUAAUGAAGUAAAUAAACAAGAAAAUCCAAAUAAAUACAUUAAAUAAAUAAUAUAGUUUUCAUGAAAAAAAUUAAUAAAUGGGGUUAAGAAGAAUUUGAGUCAGAAUUUGAACCUCACUGCAUAUUAAUGUUGUAUUUUGCUGUACACUUACGUAUCAUUUGCAUCAGAUCACACACAAGUCAUAGUUUUAAAGUAGUCCUGUCACCGAAACAAAACAAAUGUUCACAAUGUGGGGAUAAAUAAUUGACAGGUGACAACUUGGGUUGAAGAUAUUAUUCUCGUGAAAACCUCAGUUUUUAUUCUUAUAAAGAAAACGAUAUGUUGCCUGAAACAGAUAUUUUUAGACUCUGAAUAGUGAACGGUACCGUAGCUAUUACCAUAAGUGUUCCAUGUUUCACACAGUCAUGCACUUGAAUGAGUUAUUUUCACGACUGUUGUUUAUUCACACUGCAGCCGGCUUGCUAACCUUGAUGAUACAGCAAGAAAACUUUAAAAACACUUUAAAGGAUAAUGUGUUCCAGAGGCUGCUUCACACUGGUAGUCAACAAGUAUCUCUAUCGUUCUUUUGAGAUGAGAAGUGAUCAACCGUUACAACUCUUUGACGGCUUGUGCAAAAAUGUGUGUCACAGGCUGCCAAUCAAACAGUGUGUGCUGAUUCUACCUCGACUUUACUUACUGCACAUUUCCUCCGAAACAUAUGUGACUCUAUCUUUUUGUAAUCAGCAGCUCUUUUUCAAGCUUUGUCAAGUGUAUAUACAACUGCUCUGUGAUUGGCCUGUUUAAAUACUCAGUGGAAUUACAUCUAUUACUUUUGUAAAUAAA